GAGCUAUCAGUGAACUUCCGGUAUAAACAAAUUAGGGUAUUUCUUCGAAAUUUGCAACUGUAGGAUGAUGAUAUGACGUAUCAGUUCAUAAUACGUUAUUAAACACGUUAUUACAGUUAAGAGAGACAGUUGACGAAAUGGAGGCAAUGGAGAUUAGCACUAACCCAGACUUCGAGCACUCUGUUAAUCCAGAUGAUCUAGAGUGGGUUGUGUUUACCAAAGGAGAGACAGAGGAACCUUUUGAAUCAUGGUUGCAGCGAAAUUUACCUUCUGCUGUUAGCAAAGAAGCAGGUUUUGGUUGGGUGUGUAUUCGAAGGGAACCACUGCAAGGCUGGGCUGAUGAGCCGGAUCUUGGUGGCUUGUAUGACUCGUGGGAGCAGUUCUUAUCUUCAGGGAGACCAGUCACCUACCAGAACAUCAGGGAACUGGCCUUAAAUCAUAAUGUAAAGAGUGGAAAAUGGCUGUUCUUUGCUGACUCAGGCGGCAAAGUUGAUCAUCUAUGGACCAUUGUCGCCAGGGCUGUCAUUAACAAUACAUUGCCAUGUAACUCUGCAAAAGUGUCUACUUAUGAUGGCUCAAACAGGCAUGUCAUCUGUAUUUAUAACAACGAUUUCAAUGAUAAGGAGCAGGUGUUGAGUGCUGAGCAAGCUAUUCGGAAUAUGGGGAUAAAGAGCAAGAUGCUCUAUAAACCUGAUGUCUAUACCUGCUUAAAUAUUUAUAGGAAGAAUAAGUGGGGUCUGCCUGCCAAUAUCAUGCAUAGCAAUUAUGAUCUGUUGAGAGGUUCCUCAGUUAUUGAGUCAGGAGUGUAACAUUACUGUUGAGUGGAUUCUCUUUCAUUGCAUCACACAUGUAACACUUCUGUCAGAGAUGUCUGAAUCAUUUAUCUGGUCUUAGGAUGUGAUACAUCACAUUAAAAAUAGUUCUAGAAAAUAGCCCUUUUACUGUGAAUACUGACCCUGUAGAAUCAAGUGUUAGAGGUAGUUUUAGUAAAUAGCUUCUACUGUGAAUAUUGACCUCAUUGAACAAGGAUGUUAGAGAUAGUUUUACGAAAUUAUCUUUUACUGUGAAUACUGACGUCAUAGAAUCAAGGAUGUUAAAGAUAGUUCUAGAAGAAAGCAAUUUACAGUGGUCAUUGACCUAACUGAUCCAAGGGUGUUAUAAUUUAAAAUGUCACUGCUGAGCAUCCAAAAUUCUUUUAUAGGUCAUCUUUACUCAUUGACUGAGUCAGAAGUGUAAGCUUUCCAUUUCAUGAAUGAAACAGAUCAAUAUAUAGUGAGUGUCAAGACUCCACUUUGAUUGUUUUACUUGUUUUGUUAGAUAUUCAGAGAGGCGUGUUCUCAGUUAUCUGAUGAGGUUACUAGAAUGUUUGUCUGUUUGGGGAUUGGGAAAACUACUAGUGUAAAUAAAGAAGUAUAAAAUUCACAGAAUGGCGACAGGAGAUAAUCUCAUGUAAGCUCGUGUCAGCGCGUUAUCUUAUUGAAGCGUUUGCUGGCUUGAUCAAUCGUGAUCAAAUCGACAGACGCUUAUUAAAGUAUUACACUGGCGAUAUGGCCGGCACAUAAUAAACCGAAUCAGUCCAAUUUUCAAACGACAAAAGUUACUGUUGAUUUCUCAGGCUUCCAAUCAUCAAUUCAUUCAUUCCCAGUUUAGAAAAUACUGAUAACAUUAAAAAAAAACACCAUUAUCAUUAUAAAAAAACAGUCUGAUAGAAAGUUUCUCAUGACACAAAUUUUUAUCCUUCUGCUGUCUGUUUCAUACACAGUUAAAAUGAGAUCUCAUCCAGUUCCCACGUGAUGUUGGCAAGAUUUGCUCUAUAUGCUUUUCAAGUUGCCGAUUUAUAUUUUUUUAUAGCUCUUUGGUAUAAACACCCAGUUGGGCGAUAUUCAAAACAAUUACCACACCUUGAUAGUUUUUGAAAUGCACUUUCAAAAUAAAUCCUUGUUAAUCUAUGGGAAUGUUACAUCGAGUAUUUACUUAAGGUGUAAUAAUUAAAAUUAACCUAUUAUGGUAUUAAACUACAGUUGAAUUUCGUUCACUCGAACUUGGAUAAAUCAAAAACCACCCUUGGCUUGAGCUCAUCCUCGGGUGCGGGCAGAGUCCCUUUAUAAUGUAUACUUUUUAUGGCUCGAACUACCAAUACCUCGAAUAAAUUUGGCCGGUCCAGUCUAGUUGGAGCGAAUGAAGUUAAUCUGUAUCUGUUGACACAUAAAAUAGUGAAUGAAGAUUUAGUGUGCCUUUCCCUGUAAGCCUUUUACUUCAGUUUCAUUGAAACGACUUUACUCUAUUUUUAUUAGCCAUUCUUUCUGCUAAAAAUUUACUUGUUAAUGCUGCUGGUUCACAAUUCGGGUAAAAUAUUUUAAUAUCUUCUGUUUUAUACCAUUUUAUAUAAAACACUUGUCAGUACUAAAUAACAAAAAAGUAAGGGUAGUAUUAGAUAUUCAUAAAAGAAGCCCUUGAACAAUGUUGAUAAUUGAUUUUUUUUUUCAUCAUUUGAAAACAGUUUACUGCUUUCAGAUUAUUGUUUCUUAACUUACAUGUAUUUCAGAUUAUUGUUGUUUAAUUUUGCCUGUAUACUUCACAAAAUUUUAAUGACUUAAGAGUUUUAACAUUACCAAUUAAAUAAGUUUUAUUUUU